UGGUUGGCUGGAUUUUAUUCCGCUUCCUGACACUGGACUGAUCCUCCUAACGGAAGCAGCAUCGGCUUCAUAUUUCAAUGAGAAAAUUGUGAAAUUCGAGACUGAGACGUACAAUUAGUCUCUGCCUUCAGCCAAGAUGAUCCACAGUCUCUUCCUAGUUAACUCCUCAGGAGACAUUUUCCUGGAGAAGCACUGGAAGAGUGUGGUGAGCCGCUCUGUGUGCGACUACUUCUUUGAGGCUCAGGAGCGUGCAAGUGAACCGGAAAAUGUCCCGCCUGUGAUCCCUACACCGCACCACUAUCUUAUCAAUGUUCUCAGACAUCGUAUAUACUUUGUGGCGGUCAUACAGAGUGAGGUGCCGCCGCUCUUUGUCAUUGAGUUUCUGCACAGAGUCGUCGACACAUUCCAGGACUAUUUCGGUGUGUGCACAGAGGCUGCCAUCAAGGACAAUGUAGUCGUAGUUUAUGAACUAUUGGAGGAAAUGUUGGACAACGGUUUUCCACUGGCUACAGAGUCCAAUAUUCUCAAAGAGCUUAUCAAGCCCCCCACCAUCCUCCGCACUAUGGUUAACACUAUCACAGGCAGCACCAAUGUCGGGGAACAGCUCCCAACUGGCCAGCUGUCAGUGGUACCAUGGAGACGAACUGGUGUCAAAUACACCAACAAUGAAGCAUAUUUUGACGUUGUGGAGGAAAUAGACGCCAUCAUUGAUAAGUCAGGUUCCACCAUAACGGCUGAAAUCCAGGGAGUCAUUGAUGCCUGCGUCAAACUGACUGGCAUGCCUGACCUCACUCUGUCGUUUAUGAAUCCUCGGCUGUUGGAUGAUGUCAGCUUUCACCCUUGUGUUCGAUUUAAGCGUUGGGAGGCUGAGCGGAUCCUCUCCUUCAUCCCUCCUGAUGGAAACUUCCGACUACUUUCUUAUCACGUCAGCUCUCAGAACUUGGUGGCCAUUCCAGUGUACGUCAAGCACAACAUCACUUUCCGUGAAGGAAGCUCUCAGGGGCGAUUCGACUUGACCCUGGGCCCCAAGCAGACUAUGGGCAAGGCUGUGGAGUCAGUGCUCGUCAGCAGUCAGCUCCCUAGGGGGGUUCUCAACGCCAAUCUUAACCCCUCCCAGGGAACAUACACCUUUGACCCAGUCACAAAGUUGUUGACUUGGGAUGUAGGCAAGAUCAACCCCCAGAAGCUUCCCAGCUUGAAAGGCACCAUGAGUUUGCAGGCAGGAGCCUCCAAACCUGAUGAGAACCCUACCAUCAACAUCCAGUUCAAAAUCCAGCAGAUGGCCAUUUCAGGGCUGAAGGUGAAUCGUUUGGACAUGUAUGGGGAGAAGUAUAAACCUUUCAAAGGUAUCAAGUACAUGACCAAAGCUGGGAAGUUCCAGGUGCGGACAUGAGAACAUCAUUACUGCUCAAACUGGACCAAACCUCCUUGGAACUGUGAGGAUGAAUGUGAUUUGAUGUGUUGUUUUUCGGGUGCACAUUUCAGGAUUGACCUCUAUAAUGAGAUGGCUCUUUGUAGCCCCAAAUUAUCAGCUGCCAUCAAAUGCUUGAAUCCAGUGGAACAACCAAACCUUCCUAGUUUUCAUGCAAGCUGAUCUUUUAAACCCUUAACAAAUAAUACUAACAUAGUCCUAUAGUUUAAUAUUUAUUGAACAUUCAAGCCAAUCGAAGCAGCUGAUGCUGCUCAAUAUAGAUAGAAAUACUUUCAAAUUUCAGAUGAUCCCCACAAUAUAUACUGACCCUUUCCAACUAAAUUUGUCUUUUUUUUUUUUUUAAAUAUCAUGAAAGCAUUUUCUUUUAUCAUGGAGAACUGAACUUUUCCAUCAUAUUCAAAUAGGAAUUAUUUAUUUCCUAAAGACAUGAUGAUUUUCUAAUUCUUUGGAAAGGCUCUAUUUAUAUUGUGAUUACUGCAUAUGUAGCCUAUUUUAUGUAAAAGCCUUCCUGCUACUACGUAUACUGUUUCCCCCCCCUAUUUAUUAUCUUCCAACCUAUUCACGUUUGUGUUUUGCUUUGCAGGGUUUUAAAAUGUGUUGUUUCCGACAUAUUGUAUUUGCAGACAUGAGUAUGAAACAGUCCAUCCUCUGUCAGGUGCUGUAACUUCUGCUGUAACUAAAUUUUCAAUGCAAAUAGAGUGGUGUUACUGACGCCUGCCUGGGCCAUUUUAUUUCCACGGUGUUAUAUGGAAAACUGUUAAAAUAUACAUUUACCUCUUUUAUUCUCAAUUUCCACAGUGAUAUUUGAGUGCAUAUUUUUAUUGAAUUCAGCAUACUGUCAUUAGUUUUAAAUUAUUUAAUUGACUCAGGCAGUCUGCACAGUUGUUUGGUCAUGUGUAUAUUCUUCAUCCUACCGAAAAAGAAGGAUUAAUUUAUUAUUUGCUUUAAUCUAAAUGACUAAAUAUGCAUUCAGACCCCCUAGAAUAUGACCUCACCUACGUCACUUGUAGUUUUAACAAUUGACAAAAUAUUGUCUCUCCUUAUUAAAUGGCAAACUUCAUGUAAAAAACAUGGUCCUCAACAUAAAUGUAAGUUGAGUUUCCCCUUGCAAAUGUAUGUCCACACUAAUUCAGUUCAGGACAGCUAAAAAAAUAGAUUUAAAAUUUGACUUCACAAUAAUUCAACAAUAAGCAAGUGUUAAAACCCUUCACAAUUCCCCAAAUUGUUCUUGGAUUCACUAGAAAUUAAUACAAAGCUUAUUAUGUUGAACACUGUAGGCCUCAUUGUCACCAUGGUAACUGAUCUGAAACCAGUCUACCGUCAUUCUCAGUUCCAGUGCUAGAAGCAGCUUGUAGUUGCUAUGCUUGAAAUGUGGGAAAAACAACAACUGCUCUGUGGUGGAUGGCCCGCUACUACAGAAGGAAAAAAAAAAAAAAUCUGCCUUUUGUUUGUGUUUCAAAGGUGUGGUAAUAAAUAUUUAAUGUGUUGAAGUCAAUACUUGUUGUGUUUCUAAUCAUAAACUAAAUCUCUACUCCCACAACAAAUGGGUUCUAAUAAUUUGUGGAAUUUAAUGAAUAAAAAAAAUAAUUUAAAUCACACAUGAAGGGUUGUUUUAUGUUGAUUUGGUCCGAGCGUCACCAUUUAAACGGAUCCUUAAGGUGACAGGUUCCUGAUCUAUUCACUAAUUUUUCAAAUCACGCAAUGGCCAUAUUGAAACAUGCAUUUGGUCAAUUUUUAAGGUAUGGCUAAUCAGUCUCACCGUUUGAUUGAAGGCAGUUGAACUGACUGAUAUCUGUCAACUGCAGGAGUCGCUACUUCCCCUCUGCUGAGUCAGAGAAUAAGAUAAUUUUUUUUAUUCUGUGGGCAGUAAUUAUUUCGUCACUGACUCCGCAUUCUCACAAAAUAAAUAAAUAGUGCAGAAAAUGAAUGAAUGUAGCGAAGUACAAACAAAAACCUCGAGGGGUAUUCCAAAGAAUCACAAAUUUAAGUACUGUAGUUUUAUUUAACCUUUAAAUACAAAGAAUUAACUCUUUUCAAACAUUCAGCUACAUUUUUUCUUUUAUCUGAAUGAAUAUAAUUUUAAAAUUCUUUUAAUAUGCUUUUUUGUCAAAGCAUACUACAAAACAGCCUGUAUCUGUUUCUAAAUAUAUAAUCCUUUAUUUUGUAUUCAAGUAAACUCCAUAAUAUUAGUUAGUUUUCCAAUCGGUAAUAUUUUCUCUCGGUGUUACACACAUACUCGAAAUCCACAUCUCAAAUAAAUGAUCAAACAUACAACCUGAAGUUAUUCUAACAAAUAUACUGUGUAUAAGGUGGAAAACACAGACAAGAGUGAAAAAGCAGUUUCUGCUCUUGCACUCCUCUUUAAAAGAAACUGCUGUAUUGUAAGCCGAAACAACUGUUGUGUUUGAAAGAACUAAACGUUUAUAUGCUGCCAUAGCAGAUUCAUGGCGCAUUAAGCCCCCAAACUAUUUUUAGUUUGUCCGUUUUAUUCUGGAAACCCCCGUUUACAGACGUCACACAACCGCUUUUGCUUCAACCCAGCCAUAAAACAAAGGUAAUGAAUUAUAUUUCUUAUUCAAAAUGUCAUUUUUAGCUUAGAAUCAUUAACUGAUGUCUAAUAUUUCGUUUUGUUUAAAAAAAUAUAUAUAUAUAUUCACCUGCAUAUUUUAAACUUUUAAACAAAUGACGUCACAUUGAAAAAAAUGAUGUCUGUAAAAAGUCACGGAUAUCUACCUCAUAACUAUCGCUUAAUUGUAUUUUUUUCGUUACUGUCGCAUUUUCUCCGAUAUGUUUGGUGAUAAAUAAUUGAUCCAAAUAAAGAA